AACCCCCGCUCAGUUCCUUGUCCCCCACUCUCCCAACCCCGCAAGCGCUCUGGGCCCUAGCCCCUGCCCCAGCUAUGGCUCCUGGGGCUCCCUCAUCCAGCCCCAGUCCUGUCCUGGCUGUACUACUCUUCUCCUCUUUGGUGCUCUCCCCCGCCCAGGCCAUUGUGGUUUACACGGACAGGGAGGUUCACGGUGCUGUGGGCUCCCGGGUGACCCUGCACUGCUCCUUCUGGUCCAGUGAGUGGGUCUCGGAUGACAUCUCCUUUACUUGGCGCUACCAGCCCGAAGGGGGCCGCGAUGCCAUCUCGAUCUUCCACUAUGCCAAGGGACAGCCCUACAUCGAUGAGGUGGGGACCUUCAAAGAGCGCAUCCAGUGGGUAGGGGACCCUCAAUGGAAAGAUGGCUCCAUUGUCAUACACAACCUGGACUAUAGUGACAACGGCACUUUCACCUGUGACGUCAAAAACCCACCAGACAUAGUGGGCAAGACCUCUCAGGUCACGCUCUAUGUCUUUGAAAAAGUGCCUACUAGGUACGGGGUGGUGCUGGGAGCCGUGAUCGGGGGUGUCUUGGGGGUAGUGCUAUUGGGGCUGCUGCUUUUCUACCUGAUUCGAUACUGCUGGCUACGCAGGCAGGCCGCCCUGCAGAGGAGGCUCAGUGCCAUGGAGAAGGGGAAAUUACACAAGCCUUCCAAGGACUCGAAGCGCGGCCGGCAGACGCCAGUGCUGUAUGCCAUGCUGGACCACACCAGAAGCACUAAAGCUGUCAGUGAGAAGAAGGCUAAGGGGUUGGGGGAGUCUCGCAAGGAUAAGAAAUAGCGGUUAGCGGGCCGGGCGGGGGAUCGGGGGUCAGGGGUGGAGCCCUCCAAAGGCGCUAAAGUGGUGGUCAUCGAGAUGGAGCUACGAAAGGAUGAGCAGAGCUCGGAGCUCCGGCCUGCUGUCAAGUCCCCCAGCAGAACCAGCCUCAAGAACGCCCUCAAGAACAUGAUGGGCCUGGACUCAGAAAAGUGAUCACCACCCGCCCCCCAGGCCUUGCCGGAGCAGGGGGACCUAGGCUCCUCUCUCCCCCGUCUAGGUGCUUUCCUCCUUAGCUCCCCAGCCCUGCCCUGCCCUGCCCUCACCUCCUUUUGAGAUGUAAGUUUCAUUCCAAAAUUCACUCCUUCAUUCAUUUUCUUCCCUACCUUCACCCCCCUGGCUCUCCUGAAGCCCAGGGCCCCAUCCUACCCUUUACUUGCCCCAAGGACUGUGUGUUUGGUGCCUGUUCCUCUGGCACUGAGAAGAAAGGGACCUUGAAUACCCCUGCCUCAACUCUAGGCCACCUGGUGUUUCCAUCCCCUGCACCACCUAGCCUGUCCCUUUAGCUCUUUUCUCUCUGACCUUCCCUCCCCUCUAUCAGGUGGCCCAGCUCCAUACUCUGUCCUCCCAGCUAACACCCAGAUCAGUCAGAUCACACUCUCCUUCAGGGUUUAUUUAGGUUGUUAUUUUUUAUUUUUUAAUCCUUGCUUCUUCGUUCAUUUUUUUUAUCUGUGCCCAUGCUCCACCCUCCUCCCAUGACUGAGUACCAAUGACGUCAUGUAGCUUUGGCAAUUCCUCACCCCCUCAUUAAAUCCUUAAUGGAGAGCCAGCCCAAGCAGAGGGGGCCCUGAUCCUCAAACCUCAGCUACAAGAAUGGUGCCCCUUGACCACUCUGAAGCACUGUUCUGGGAUUCAAGGUCACAGGAAUGGAGAGAGAAUGUGAGAGACAAGGAAUCCUCAUAGGUUGGGGUGUUGAGGAGGGGGCAAAUGAGCCUUAAGAAAUAGCUUUUAAAUAACCAAAGAAAAAGCCGGAAAAACAAAUGGGAAAAAAGGGGAAAGGGAAGAGGCUGCACUCCCAGCCAUAGGGGAUUCUUAGGAUUUUUCUACAUUCUGUAUAUUUCUUCUCAAACCCCCAAAUAUCCUUACAUGUUUAAUAAACACUGACAUUUCCAGAA